AUGUACACCGGUGCCACUUUCCGAAUCAAAAUAAAUGAUUCGAUAACACAACCGUUGAAAUUCGAGUCUGGAGUGCGCCAAGGUUGCUCGGCAUCUGGUAUUAUAUAUGUAGUGUGCCUCGAACCUCUAUUGCAUAGUAUCAGGAAUAAUCCUAAAAUACCAGGUAUCAUUCCACCAGGUGCACAGUAUGAGGCUGUACGAAAGAAGGCUUUCCCCUAUGACGGAGACGAUAAUACCAUAAAAACAAUAGCAUAUGCGGACGAUAUUGAUACUAUUGUCUUCAGCAGAGAUGAAGAGACGGAGACUAUCAAAAUGUUUGAUCUGUACAACAGGGCAUCAGAUGGAAAAACGAAUGUUGAGAAGACCGAGGUUUUCUGGAUUAGUGAUUGGCUGCCACCACCAGCAUUCCAAGGACAAGUUAAACUUAACUAG